AUGAGUGUCUGUCAUACCAGAGAUGACAAACCGACUGAUGAUAUCAUCAGAGACUUGUUUGAAAAGACAAUAGACAUAAACAAUAAUAUGGGAUGUAAUUCACUGAUGAAUACCAUUGAGUCCAAUCAUUGUCAUCAAAGUGGUGGCCGAAAGACACGGAAAAUUGAUUAUCGAAGAUAUCGUUCCGGUUCGUCAUCCGAUUCGGCAAUAAAUUUUGAACAAUCUUUCGAAGAAAACAAUGAAUUAUUAAUAAACGAAAAGUUUGACAUAUUUGACGACUUCAAUGAAAUGAUUUACAAUUUUUUGUGUCUUAUCCUACAAAAUCAGAUUCAAAACAAUUCUCCAGUUUUCAGAAGAGCUUUAAAAUCGAUGAGAAAAUAUUAUCACACAUUUGAUGGCCAUAAUUGUGUGGAUAAGUUUGGAUUUAUAUCAAUUGGUGACAACGAACUGUCAAAUCGUGACACUAAUCACCAAUAUUUUGAACAUCUAUUGAGCCAACUAUUGGACAUUAAUUCAAGGAAACACUGGUCUGAAAGUUGUCAAAGUAUUAAGUGUUUGAUCAGAGAUUAUGGUAUACCCAAUGAUAUGAGACAACAUGUAUGGCUUGUCUUCAUCCGGUCCAAGAUUGACAUCAAUAUUGACAUAAAUGACAUAUUAAACUGUGCAUCCAAUGAAAGCAUGGAUGAAGUGAAUGGUUGCCAAUCGGAAGUCUACAAUCAAAUUGAUUUGGAUAUUAAGCGAACGGUUCCCAAUCAUCAUAUGUUUAUUAGAGAUGAUCAAUGGAUAUCAAAGUUGCGAAAUAUACUCAUUGGUUACUGUAUUCAUGUGAAUCCUAGAGUUGGUUAUUGUCAGGGAAUGAACUUCAUUGCAGCUCUACUUUUGAUUGUAUUUGACGGCAAUCAAGAAUAUUCAUUAAUGGGUUUCAUUGCUAUAAUAGAUCACUAUUUUCCACCCCAUUAUUACGAUCAUCAUCUAACAGGUGCGAGGGCGGACCAGAUGCUCCUUAAAGAUCUCAUAUCAACCAUAACGACCAGUGCUAACAUUGAGGGCCAACAUCUAAGCGAACAGAUGCGAGAGGAGUUAACUAACGCUUUGUCUUUGAAUUGGUUUCUAUCUCUAUAUCACUCGGCUGUUCCCUGGCAGGUUCGCUUAUAUAUAAUGGAUUGUUUUUGGUUAGAAGGGGUAAAAGUAUUGUUCAGAUUUGGUUUGGCUUUAAUUAAGAUGGGAUUAGACAAAGAUUUUACAGAUGAAACCAACAGUUCGGGUGAAAUGAUAUAUAGUAUCCGAGAAGCGGCUAAAAACUGUUACGAUGUCAUUGAUCUGAAAAGAGUGGCAUUCAAUGAGAUUAAACUACCGAAACGCAAAUAUAUGGCAACUAAACGAUCAUUUUAUGUCAAACAAAUCACAUCUCAAUUGGAAAGGUCUAUCCAAUCAAAAGAGUCGACCACUCAAUGGUUUCGUCGCCGAAGUAGUGAACUACUACUUGGUCUCAAAGCUAAUAAUAAUGUAAAGAUUGACUACAGAAUUGUUAUCAGUUCUGAUCGUUCAAAAGUUGUACUCUUCUGCAAAAAUAACCGAUUUGUCAAUGAGUUGUCAAUCCUUUGCACCGAUAAUAUGAAGAACUGUCUUAAGACACAUUUGUUUCUUAAGAAUGCCUUUAUAAUUGGUGUGACAAACAAUGCUAAAAAAAUUGUAUGCAGUAAUCGAUCGUAUAAAACGACGUCCAAAGUCAAGGAUGGCAUAAAUGUUGAACUAAUUGGCGUCACAUUUGAUAUCUGCGAUGGCUUUUACAUUGAAGAACUGGAAUCGGCUAUUAUUGUCGGCAAAGCAGGACUAGUCUGUAGAUAUGAUAUGAUUAAUAAAAAACAAACCGACAGUAGUAUGAUAUUCAAUGACAAGUCAUCGAAGAUUGUUGCGGCCGAUGUUAAUACUGUUUCAGGACUGGUAUGGUUGGACACACUGUCAUCCCAUAAUAAUACACACAAUUUUAUUGCGGUUGACAUAAAAAAUCUCGAUAUCUAUACAACUAUUGAAACCGAUUGCUUUACAAUUCAUAAGUUUUCAAUCAACAUAUCUGACUUUAGAUCAAUAAUUGUGGUCAAAAGUGAUCCGUUUAAUGGCAAACUUCGGAAAGCUAUUGAUAUCAUUACCGAUAACUCACAUAAACAAAAGCUAUUUGACUUUAAAGAAGAAAUUUUGGACAUUAAGUGUUUUUUAUUUAGUGAUUGUACUAACAUUCACAAUAAAAACGACUAUUCAGUUGAUUGUAAUGGACUUCCAAUAAAUUUAUAUACACAACAAAACAUGAAAUCAUUGAUAAUAUUGUUGACUAAAGAGUCAUCAAACAUAUUGAUUGAAUACAAUUACGAGAAUCGGUGGCGAAAAGUGAAUAUUUCGCAUAAAUUCAGUGAUAUUAAUGAAAUAAAUGCCAUCAGAUUUGUAAAGUUAGUCAAAGAAGGCACACAAUUGAUGGCAACUUUAUUGUCAUAA